AUAGAAACAUGCCCCUUUUGCUGUUGGAACGCCCCUUGCUUUCGAUACGCCCCGUACUCCACUGUGCAGAGACUUCCAACUCGGAGAUCUACUGGUGCGAGGAGGAUCAGACAGAAGGGCCUCGCUAGAGCACCGUCAUUGCAGGAUUUGUUACACAGCUGCGUGGCACCAUGAACGGGCAGCUGGACCUAAGUGGGAAGCUGAUUAUCAAAGCCCAGCUGGGCGACGACAUCCGACGCAUCCCCAUCCACAAUGAGGACAUUACCUAUGACGAGCUGCUGCUCAUGAUGCAACGCGUCUUCAGGGGAAAGCUGCAGAGCUCUGACGAGGUCACCAUCAAGUACAAAGAUGAAGACGAUGACCUCAUCACCAUUUUUGACAGCUCCGACCUCUCUUUUGCCAUCCAGUGUAGCAGGAUACUGAAACUUACACUUUUCGUAAAUGGACAGCCAAGACCAUUGGAGUCCAGCCAGGUGAAGUACCUGAGGAGGGAGCUGAUUGAGCUGAGGAACAAAGUCAACAGCCUGCUGGACAGCCUUGAGCCUCCGGCUGAGCCUGGAUUUACUGCCAGUGAGCCUGACAGCGAUGCAGUGGACGGGCGGGAUCGCAAAGCUGUGGCUCCUGACUCCGCGGCAAAGCCGCCGGUUCCAGUCAGUGCUGCCAGUAUGUCGGCUUUUGACCCCCUGAAGAACCAGGAUGAAGUCAACAAAAAUGUAAUCUCCGCCUUCGGGCUCACUGAGGACCAGGUCUCAGGCCCUCCCAGUGGCCCGGCUGAAGAACGUUCCGGCACCCCGGACAGCAUCGCCUCGUCCUCCUCUGCUGCCCACCAACCUGGUGUGCCCCCCCAGCCCCAGGCCCCCUACACUGCCCCCCCAGCCCAGCAGCAGCCCCCUGCAGCCAUGGACGGCCAGGUGUACCCGCAGUACCAAGCCCCAGGUGGAUACCCACCCCAGCAGCCAGCUGCUCCUCCACAGCCGCAAUAUGGCAUGCAGUACCCAGCUGGUUACACCCCCCAGCCCGGAGGCCCCCAGCAACAGCAGCAAUUCCAGAACUACACCCCGCCCACAUCUCAGGCUGCCGCCCCAGCACCCGGAUUUGCUGGCCAGCAGCAGGCCCCACCCCAGGGCACCCAGCAGUACCCCCCUGGGGCCUUCCCCCCACAAAACUACACCUCUCAAGCCUCCCAGCCUGCUAAUUAUAACAUGCCCCCCACCUCCCAGCCUGCUAUUGCCCCCACCCAACCUGGUGCUGCCUAUCAGCCCCGCCCAGGUUACACCCCUCCCCCAGGUAGCACAGUGACCCCACCCCCAGGUGCUGCUAACCCAUAUGCCCGUAACCGCCCCCCAUACGGGCAGGGCUACACCCAACCAGGCCCAGGAUACCGGUAAGACCUAAAAAUAUAUAUGCACCUCCGAGCAUCCUGGAUCAUCUUAUAAAACUUGGAGAACAGUGAACUUUGUUGACCCACAUACUUAAAUUUCUCCUUUCAAAAUUCAAAGAAAAAUAAAUAACCCCAAUACAAUACAAGCUAUUGUCGAUCUGUAAAAGCGGAUCACCCUCUGUGUCUUACUUUCGAGUUAAGCAGUAUGCGUGCACUGAUGGGAGAUCAGACAGGAUGUGUAAUGUUGGGUAUUUGCUUAGGUUUUUCACUUCUUUCCGCAGUUGUAGUAAUUGUAUACAAGAAAUAAACUUUUUUUUUUUUUCCUCCCCCUUUUGUUUUUUUGAAAACACUACGGUAGUAUGUAUCAUAAAUCAUUAUUGGGAGAUCUGAAGGUGUUGCAUUGUAAGUUAGCUGUAAGUCUAGAUCACUAUUCUUUGCUUUUACUAAUAUUUGAAUCAAGAUUCCACAUUAAAAGUAAUGUUAAUUGUUAUGUAUAAACGGUAGCAUUCUAUUGGAAAGCUAAUAAAGGCAUUGAAACCCUGUU